UGAGCUCCGGGGACGUGGGCAGGGCAGACACGCUACGAGAAGGGGAGUCAGGAAGGGGCCCUCCACUGAGCUUGCUUUAUGUGGUCACAGUGCAACCUCUCUCUCUCUUUCCAUUCUGGCCCAGGGCCCUGCAGCUUGCGGGAGCAGGAGCAGCAAAUCACCUACCAGGGCUGUGAGGUGAAUGUGACCCUGACUCACUGCGAGGGCUUCUGUUCCUCCUCGGCCAGCUUCAACACUGACACCCAGCAAGUGGACACCCAGUGCAGCUGCUGUCACCCGACUGGCACCUAUGAGAAACAGCUCCUGUUGCCUUGCCCAGACCCCAGUGCCCCAGGCCAGCAGCUCACACUCACCCUGCAACUGUUCAGCGGCUGUGCGUGCGGCCCAUGGCAGUGCAGAGACUAGAAAGGACCUGCCUGUCCAUGGAGGUGAGGGGUCAUAGAUUAAAAAAA